GCUCGGCCUCGCGGGUGGCUCGGGCUGCGGCUGCGGCGGGACGCCGGGCGGGCUCGGGACGCGCCGGCGGGGACCGAGGGCCCGGGGCUCCGAGAUGGAACCGCUGGCGCCCAUGCGGCUCUACACACUGUCCAAGCGCCACUUCGUCCUGGUGUUCGUCGUCUUCUUCAUCUGCUUUGGACUGACCGUCUUCGUUGGGAUCAAGGGACCCAAAGUGAUCCAGACCUCUGCGGCUAACUUCUCACUGAAUAGUAGCAAAAAGCUAAAGCCAAUUCAAAUACGUUCAAACCCACUGUCUACUUAUAACCAACAACUAUGGCUGACGUGUGUUGUCGAGCUGGAGCCCUCAGAAGAAACAUCUAUUCAAACCAGCUUUUCCAUGACUGUGAAAGUCAACGGUGUGGCUCAAGAUGGAACCACGAUAUACAUUCACAACAAGGUUCACAAUCGGACGAGGACCCUCACGUGUGCGGGGAAAUGUGCAGAAAUCAUCGUGGCCCACCUUGGCUACCUGAAUUACACGCAGUACACGGUGACCGUGGGAUUUGAACACCUGAACCAGCCCAUCAAGGAGAUGAACUUCACAUGGAAGACAUACAACCCUGCAUUUUCCCAGCUGGAGAUCUGGUUCCGAUUCGUGUUCGUAGUGCUCACCUUCAUCGUCACCUGCCUGUUUGCACAUUCCCUGCGCAAGUUCUCCAUGAGAGACUGGGGCAUCGAGCAGAAGUGGAUGUCCGUUCUCCUGCCGCUGCUGCUUCUCUACAACGACCCCUUCUUCCCGCUCUCCUUCCUGGUGAACAGCUGGUUCCCCGGGAUGCUGGACGACUUCUUCCAGUCUCUGUUCCUGUGCGCCCUGCUGCUCUUCUGGCUGUGUGUGUAUCAUGGGAUACGGGUCCAGGGAGAAAGAAAAUGCUUAACUUUCUAUUUGCCUAAAUUCUUCAUCGUUGGACUGUUGUGGCUGGCUUCUGUUACGCUGGGAAUAUGGCAGACAUUUAAUGAAUUACACGAUCCCAUGUACCAAUAUCGUGUUGACACAGGGAACUUUCAGGGCAUGAAGGUCUUCUUCAUGGUGGUGGCCGCUCUGUACAUUUUAUACCUCCUGUUCUUGAUCGUGCGGGCAUGCUCUGAGCUCCGUCACAUGCCUUACGUGGAUCUCAGGUUGAAGUUUUUGACUGCAUUGACCUUUGUAGUGCUUGUUAUUAGCAUCGUCAUCCUCUAUCUGAGGUUUGGAGCUCAAGUGUUGCAAGACAACUUUGUAGCGGAACUGUCGGCUCACUACCAGAACUCAGCAGAAUUCCUGUCUUUCUAUGGCCUGCUGAACUUUUACCUCUACACACUGGCCUUCGUGUAUUCGCCAUCGAAGAAUGCUCUGUACGAGUCCCAGCUAAAAGACAACCCAGCCUUUUCCAUGCUGAAUGAUUCUGAUGAUGAUGUGAUUUACGGGAGUGACUAUGAAGAAAUGCCCCUGCAGAACGGUCAGGCCAUCCGGGCCAAGUACAAGGAGGAGUCGGACAGUGACUGAGCCCUGGGCAGCAGAUGGGACAGCAGAGGGGCCGGAGGCCUUCCUUAGUGAUGUGUCCUGGUCCUUCCUUCUACGUGUGUGUGUUUGGACUCCUCCUGUAAGCAGAGGUUUCCUGUUCCUUAUUUGUUUACAUAUUUUUUAAAGAAAAACCAAAUGAAGUGAAAUGUUGGUUGGAUUUGCUGUCGGGGUAGCUCCACUAGUUACCAAGAGGCUGCGGGUAGAGACUCCAAAGGCAAAUCCUUUCACAGAGAUGCCGGAUGAAAUGGAGCCUGUGUGCGAUGAGGAGGAGAAAUGACCUGUUUUAAUAAAAGGAAUGAUGUACUUUUUUUCCCUCUUAAAAAGCAA